AUGUCGUCCCCAAACAGACUACAAAACAUGCUCUCCAGUAAGCUUAAGUACAGUCGUAAGCCCUCACUUGACGCGGCCAGCAUCAAUCAGCCCAUCAAGGCAAUCUCGUCCCCUCCCUCAUCUAGUCCUGCGGAAAUCCGAACUAUUGAGGCGGUCAAUGAUGAGCUCAGAAACAUUGCUGCUCAAACUACUGCGUUCAAUUACCGAAACAUUGUCAAAGCAGUUAAAAGUUUCCAAUUCCAAAUGGUUCGACCAGAGGGGUCUCAUCUGAAACAUGUUGAAGCCAUUCUAAUAAAACAUGGUUAUACAAUGGGCGACCCUUUGGAAAUCGAUGGUGUUUUGACAAUUCCGUGCAAACCAUCUUCUUCUGAGGCACGCAAACGAUCUUCUAGAGGAAGUUCCUCUUCAAGGACUAUCUUAAGAGCAAUCACCCCAUUCGCAGCCGGCGGCAACACAGUAUCCGAACCCAUGCAGCAGCCCACCGCUAUCAACCAGCAGCAACCAAGGUCAAUUAAUCCUACUUUACUAAAAUCAUCGGUAAUGGCACAAUAUGAACUCCCGAAUCUCGACAUCAUUGUCCAGAACGUAAGCGGCAAGCCCGUUCCUUGUUCCCAGUCGGCCUUGGUUGAACAGGAGAUCCUUGAACAUUUCCGAACCUUGAACUUCAUGAAGUUCAAAGCUGCCCUAACUGAGCUAACCAAAAACGAAAACUCAAUUGUUAAGAAUAGGUCUGCCAAAACACCAAUCGAGGAUAUCUUCCUCAAGCAUAAAUUAAUCUUCCGCUCUUGCAACAAGUCGGACAACACUCUUCAUCUAAUUGCUAUACCUUCUGUAAGGCCACCAGUCAUGCGUUAUUUGCAACCUAUCCUAAUACUUGAACAGGCGACUCCUACUCGUCCUCUCAUGUGCAAGCCAUAUGUGCCAGCACUAGUUGAGGCAACCCCUAAACCAAAGGUGCCGAAAAAGCCUUUCCUCAGAAGGACUUCACAGGCAGUUGAACUCCUCUCUACGUUGACACCAUUGGAUAAUGCACGAGUCAAUGAGCCUAUCAUCACCACUAUCACCUCACCUGUUUCUUUCGAGUCGGUCAUGAAUAGUUCUCGAUCGAAUAGUAAAGAAAAUACAUCAACCCUUCGUCAAAAUGAGAGGUUCGAUUUGUCAAACACAGCUGACGCUCUUAUGACCAUUCCCGUUGCGACUACCGUUGUAGAGAACAGUGAAACAUCUACUCUCGUCACCACUGUUGGUGAGGUUGAGCUCGCUUCAGUUGAUGUUCCCGCUGAAGUGAUCGAAACUUCUUCAAUCGUCCCAGCUGAAGGCCUCCAACUGUCACCUCUCAUCGCCGCUGCCGAAGAGCUUGAAGUCUCUGCCGUCGUCACCGUUGAAGUUGUCGACAAUACGUCUAUCACUGAUGCAAUUAUUCCAGUUACCCCAUCGGUUGAAACCUCCCUUAUCCCUCCGUCUACCACUGAUAUUUCCUCAACCCCACCAACCCAGGUUGAUGUUUUGCCUACCGCCUCGUCUCUUAUCAAAGACGAAACAUCCGUUGAAGAAUGUGGCGUUGCUAUCCCAGCAACCUUUUCCCCCAUCAGGGAUACUACCGUCAGGAAGCUCUUCGAUGGACAAGGAUUAUCCUCCGAUCCCGAUACCGAUUCUAUCAACAUUGCUCAGUCUAAUGUCACUAGACUGUCCUCUUCUAUUAAUGGCCAGGUUUCUACGCCUAAUACCGCAUCCCCAACCACUCCAUCAAGCAAAGGCUUCCACCUCUCAUCUUCGUAUGACAGCGGUUACUCCUCAGGAGAGGAGUCUUUCUCAAACAAUUCGAUAAAUGUCUUUGAUAACAUUGCCUGUGCGUCAGAUCUUGCUCAUGCUAUGAGCGCAGCUGAGAAAGCUAUCGAGAAAUUCUCUGCUGGGGUUGCAUCAGCUUUGGAGUCUGCCAUUACGAGGAUUGAAAAGAAAAAGACUCAAAACAAUGCACUUUCCCAGAAGGUUGCUCAUGGAUCUGCCGCAAACAUUUCCUUUGGUUUCAGUAAGAAGGUUUCUAUUGAAAACGCUACGCUUCUCAUCAAUUUAAACAUGGAGCUCGCUGAGGGCUCUUCCACAAUCCAGCCUUCGAUCCCAGCUCAAUCAUCAAGGAUUCCAACAGUGUCCAGAAACAACAAUCUGUCUAUUACCACACUUAUUCCUCCCUCAACUUCAUCAAUCCACCAGCCAAAUCGUCAUGUUCAGAUAUUAAACACCCCCUCAAACACUGCUGCAACUGUUUCCUCUUCCACCACCGUUCGUCGCACUGCAAUCCCCCAGCGCGCCUCUUCUCGGGGGAGCUCCACCUCCCACGUUGUCACCGCUGCCGUUCGCCCUCCCGCGAAUAUUAGGUGCAACACCCGAGCUCCUAGGGCUCCCGUUCAAUCGGUCAGGCCAAUUUUCAGCAGAAAUGCCUGGAACUAA